AUGCUCUCCAACGCUCGCAUCAUAUUACUGGGCGGUAUUGCCACGGUGUCUCUGGUCGCUGCUGGGCCCUGUGACAUCUAUUCCUCGGGCGGAACGCCUUGUGUUGCCGCCCACAGCACCACUCGUGCCUUGUUCAGCGCUUAUACCGGUCCGUUAUACCAGGUGAAACGCGGCUCAGACGGCGCCACAACCGCCAUAUCGCCACUCUCUAGUGGCGUAGCCAACGCUGCUGCUCAAGAUGCGUUCUGUGCUGGAACCACAUGCCUCAUCACCAUCAUAUACGACCAGUCGGGUCGCGGCAAUCACCUCACCCAGGCCCCGCCGGGGGGGUUCAGCGGCCCAGAAUCCAAUGGCUACGAUAACCUGGCCAGUGCAAUCGGGGCACCAGUAACACUCAAUGGUCAGAAGGCAUACGGAGUUUUUGUCUCUCCGGGGACGGGAUAUCGUAAUAACGCUGCCAGCGGCACAGCCAAGGGAGACGCAGCAGAGGGCAUGUAUGCGGUGCUCGACGGUACGCAUUACAACGGCGCCUGCUGCUUUGACUAUGGCAACGCCGAGACAAGCAGCCGCGAUACGGGCAACGGGCAUAUGGAGGCCAUCUAUUUUGGCGACAGUACUGUCUGGGGCACUGGCUCAGGCAACGGGCCGUGGAUCAUGGCCGAUCUGGAGAACGGCUUGUUCUCUGGCUCCAAUCCUGGCAACAACGCCGGCGAUCCAUCCAUCUCGUACAGGUUCGUCACUGCAGCUGUCAAGGGUGAGCCAAAUCAAUGGGCAAUCCGUGGUGGCAAUGCUGCGUCUGGCUCGCUGUCAACUUUCUACAGCGGCGCACGCCCACGAGUCUCUGGAUACAACCCGAUGAGCAAAGAGGGCGCCAUCAUUCUCGGCAUCGGCGGUGACAACAGCAACGGUGCCCAGGGCACAUUCUAUGAGGGCGUCAUGACCUCUGGAUAUCCUUCUGAUGCAACAGAAAAUUCAGUGCAAGCCAACAUCGUAGCCGCCAAAUAUGCCGUCGCGCCGCUCACAAGCGGUCCUGCCCUCACUGUUGGUUCGUCAGUCUCUCUACGAGCCACCACAGCAUGCUGCACGACUCGCUACAUCACGCAUAGCGGGUCGACGGUCAACACUCAGGUCGUCUCAUCGUCUAGCGCCACAGCCCUCAAGCAACAGGCCAGCUGGACGGUUCGUGCCGGCCUGGCUAACAACGCUUGCUUCUCAUUUGAGUCCAGGGAUACCUCGGGCAGUUACAUCCGACAUUCCAACUUCGGGCUUGUCCUGAAUGCCAACGAUGGCAGUCAGCUCUUCGCCGAAGAUGCUACCUUUUGCACGCAGGCGGGCCUCAACGGUCAGGGGAACUCGAUUCGAUCUUGGAGCUACCCAACACGCUACUUUCGCCACUACAACAACACGCUUUACAUCGCGAGCAAUGGGGGCGUUCACACAUUCGAUGCCACUGCCGCUUUCAAUGACGACGUGAGCUUUGUGGCCAGCGCCGCUUUUGCUUAA